GGCCUCACUUGCACAGAGCAGAACUUUGUCACCAAGGCUGGGGCACAGAAGUAUGCUGCAGAGCAUGGGAUUAUGAUUGUUGCACCAGACACCAGUCCUAGGGGCUGUAACAUUGAGGGGGAAGAUGACAGCUAUGACUUUGGUUCCGGAGCAGGAUUUUAUUUGGAUGCCUCUGAAGAGAAGUGGAAAACCAACUACAGGAUGCAUUCCUAUAUUACCAAAGAGCUGCAACAGUUAGUGAAUGCCUCCUUCCCUGUCUCUGGGAAACAGUCAGUAUUUGGACACAGCAUGGGAGGCCAUGGUGCCCUGAUAUGCGCCCUGAAGAACCCUGGGAUGUUCAGCUCUGUGUCAGCAUUUUCUCCUAUCUGUAACCCGUGUGAGUGUGCCUGGGGACAGAAGGCAUUCACAGGGUACCUGGGCUCUGACAAGGAGGCCUGGAAGGCUCAUGAUGCUAGCUGCCUGGUGAAGAGCUACUCUGGACCCCCUCUUGGAGAUAUCCUCAUCGACCAGGGCAAAGAUGACAACUUCCUGGGUCAAGGUCAACUGCUGCCAGACAAUUUUGUCGCUGCCUGUGCUGAGGCUAAGGUUCCUGUGGUCCUCAGGAUGCAAGAGGUAUAG